AUGUCAAUAUUUCAAAAACAGCUUGACUCGUAUAAGAAAAACAUAGAAGAAUUGAAAAAGGUAGACGAAGUCGAAGAAGAGCCUUAUGAAGACGAUUUUAGCAAUUCUCCUUCUCCUGCCAAAAAAGAAGUAGCCAAACCUUCAGCACAGUCAACUAUUGCAAAAAUCCAAGAACAAGCCCGGGAAAAGGCGAAUAAAGAAAUAGAGGAGCUGUCGAAAACUGAUACGAUCUUGAACAAUUUCAAAAGGUUCCUGGCAAAAGAAAAAAGGACGAAAUUCAUAAGCUCUUGUGAAGGCCAAGAUACAGGAAAACUAGGGUAUUCUUUUUUAUAUUGUCUCUAAUCUAAUUAUUUUAAGUUUUAAUUACUAUUUAUAUAUAAAUAUAGCAUUUAGUUUUUAUUAUAAAUACUAAAAAACUGAUACAUUACAGUGUAUAUCACCUUUAUGGCCUUCAGCAGAUCAUUAAAAAACUUAGGCUUCAGACUACUUUUUGACCAAGUCAGGACCCUAGUAGAAAUUCUUAAUGUUUAUGACCAAGCCAGAGACAGAGUAUUCUACUAUAAAGCUGUAGGCGCCGCUUUCAGGAAACUUUAUCUAAAGCAGCCAUAUGUGAUCCCUCAAAAGCUAUCCCAGUCUGACGCAAUUGUGAAAAUACAAAGGAUUUUUAGAAAGGUUAAAGAACAAAGAAUGAAUAAAAAUAAAAGGAAACCAGGGCAAAAAGAAAGCGAAAUCAAGCAAAUUGACCCAAAAAUAAUUAUACAAGGAAUAGCACAAAAAAUUAGCUCAAGUGACAAAACGCUGCUGCAGACUUUUCAAGAGAUAGAUAAGGAUGGCAGUGGGUUUAUUGAGAAGCCUGAGGUAGAACUGCUGAUGGUUGAGUAUGGAUUAAAUCUUACCCAACAAGAAUUAUGCCUAUCCAGCUAACUUUGGUAUUAAAACUAUAGAAAAUAGGCUUAUUUUAAAAGAAAAUAAUAUAAUAAUAUUGAUUUUUUAUAAACCAAAGAGAAUAGAUGCUGCAUUUGAUAUCUUAGACGAAGGAAAAAACGGAAAAAUCACUUUUCGCACCCUUUCCAGAGUAGUCCGAGACUCAGCCCCCACAAAAAAAGAUGUCCUGGCUUCUGUAACAGUAUCAGAGCAAGAAAAAGAGCUCGCCCUCACUGAAAUCCUCCAAGGUAUCCAAAAAGCUAUAAACGAAUCCAACAUCACAAUAGACUCAGUUUUCAAGCUUUUUGACGUCAAACAAAGCGGAAAAAUCACUUUUGACGCUUUUUAUACCGUGAUGAAAAAAAUUUAUCAUUUUUCUAUUAAAUUAUAUCAAAAAACUUUAUAAAAUGCUAAAAAAAUAAGUCAAGGGAAAACAAUAUACCCCAAAUUACUCACAAUUUUAUAUUAGACAGGUUUUUAACCAUAUUGAUGAGUCUCAUGAUGGAAAUAUUACUUUUGAAGAAUUCAGUAAUGUAUUUUUUAAGAAAAAAGAAACGCCAGCUGAAAUGCUGAAGAGGAAAGAACAGGAAGAAGAAAAAAUGAAGAAAGAAAAGGAGAUUAAAUUUGAUAGGGAUUCAUUGAGUGCGAGGAUUUUGGAAGAAAUUAAGACUGAAGAGGCAGCUAAACAGUCACCUUUUUCGUUGAAGAAUAUUAUAGGAGAGUCACAGAAAACAGAAGAAAUUGGAAAAAAAGUUGAAGAAACAAAGAGGCCUGAAGAGUUUGGAAGAAAACCUGAAGAAUUUGGAAGAAAACCUGAUGAAUUCAGUAGAAAGCCUGAAGAAUUUGGUAGAAAACCUGAAGAAUUUGGUAGAAAGCCUGAUGAAUUCAGUAGAAAGCCUGAAGAGCUUGGCAGGAAGCCUGAAGAGUUUGGCAGAAAACCUGAAGAAUUUGGUAGAAAGCCUGAAGAGUUUGGUAGAAAACCUGAAGAAUUUGGUAGGAAACCUGAAGAAAAAAAAUUUGACCCAACUAAGCCUCCAGAAUCCCAAAAACCAUCAGAAGCCCCAAAAACAUCUCCAAAAGAGCCAAUCCCCGAAGUAAAGCCAACCCUUCGAGAAGAAAUUGAAAAGCAGCAAAAAAGAAUAGAAGAUGAAGAAAGGAAAAAAAUAAUGGACAAGCUUGAAGCUGAAAGAGACCCAUGAAAAAAGAAGCUAGAAGAACAGAAGAAAAAAGAAAAAGAGCUCUAUGAGGCCAAGCUUAAAAAAGAAGAAGAGGAAAAGAAAAAAAAAUCCCUCAUGGGGUCUAUUUUAGCUAAAACUACAGCUAGCAAUAAAGGGCAGUCUUAUCGAAGCUCAGGAAAAGGCUCAUUCCGCGGGACCAGAGGCGUUUCCCCUGCCAAACCUAAGCCGACUCUUCAAGAAAAAGCUUCAAAACUGGUCCCUAAGCCACAGGAAAGCCAAAUUGUCCUUAAAGCUCAAAGCAAAGAACUCCAAGAAAUGGUAAAAAAUGAGUUUUUGAUGCCAAUCCUUACCAGCGCUGGAAGAAAUAAAUGUUGACGUCGAGGAAGAUGGACUCCGAGAUAAAAACCUUAUGGAGUAGGAUCCGUCCUGGUGAAGCUGAAUAUGUGCUUCUGUCACUUUUCGAAGUAGGCCUUAGGUUUGGGAUGAUGAGGAGAUCAGUUUUUUUUCUCUCCCUGUUUGGUUUCCCUGUCCCUGCCAGAUGGACUAGACAGGUUUUGCCUCCCACUUAGUCUUUAACUUAUCGGGACUAAUGGGGCUUCCUCAAGAGAUGGCUCUAACCUAGAAGAUAAUCCUUGGGUUUUACUCGAGAUAGGCAGGCUAGUGGUCUAUCCGUUUAUGAAAUUAUAACACUUAACUUAGCUUACUAGCGCCGUCGCCCAUGGAGAAUCUAUUAAGCUGGCAAGGUCUAUUCAAAAGCAAUUCGAAAAGCGAGGUGUGAUCAAGCAUGUUUAUGUUUGGGAUCAAGAAUGGGAACAAGCCAUUAAUAACCCUCUUCCCAGGUCUUUAUGAGGGUCAGGACUGCUUGGCCGUGCUGGCUAUUUAGACCACCAAGGCUGCUUAGCCCAAUUUGAUCUCUCCUCAGGGUCUUCACUGUCUUCUCUUCAUUUAGGCACUCGGGCGCCUCUUCAAAAUGUCCCAUUACUUGGAGCUGCUUGUGACGAGUCUUCAAAUAGACUUUAUACCUUAAAUAAACAGUGGGUUAUUGACGUGUGGGAGCUUAUCCAAAGCACAAGUGUUCCUAUCCAACGAAUAAGUGUCCUUAGUAAAUCAGCCAGCCACGACUAUGUAGAAAAAGCUUAUAAUUACCGCCACAGAGACCUUUUCCCUAACCUAAUAUCUUUAUCUGCCCAAAAAAGAAUCCUCAUAAACGCGACCUGUGCUAAUGGCUUUGUCUACUGCUACGACCCAGUCUCUUUUAACCUCUUAUGAAGAAUCAGGGUCACCAUCAGUGAGCUGCAAAUCCCUAAGCCAAUUUUAGACGCCUUAGACCAGCUUGUAUAUGUAAUAAAAGAAUGUGGGAAAAUUGGCAUCCAUGAAGACCGCGUUUUUAAGCUUUUAGACCGAAAUGGGGAUGGCGUGAUUUCUUAUGAGGAACUUAAGAGCGCAAUAUUAGACUUAAAUCUGCCUAUGACAGAAGGACAAAUAAAAGGACUUUUCAGGGCUAUGGACGUAAAUUCGACUGGGUCUGUGUCUAUUGAUGAAUUUUGGGGAGCUUUGUACUAUAGAAAACAGACUGUAGAAGAUACUGAAGAGCAAGGGAAGGCACAAAUUAUAAUCCCUGAGUGGGUGACUCAUGCUAAUGAUAAUGAAAAAGUAAAAGAAACGCUUUAUAAGCUGUUUAAAGCAUUAGAAAACAAAGGAUACUCUGCACAGCAGCUGUUUUCUGUAUUUGACUCUGAUAAUAGUGGUGUUAUAACCCGCUCAGAGUUUUUCCGAGCCUUAUCUACCAUGCAUAAUUAAUAUGAUGGCGGCGAAAAAAUAUGUCCUUACUGAUGAUGCACCACUUUGGGUGCCAAAUGGCUUUAUAGCCGAAACCAAGGCUCAGGCCCUUUGAUUCUAGUCCUAACUCCCCCCCCCCUCCGUGAGCGAACAAAAAAUUUUUGUUCGCUCACGGAGGGGGGUUAAUUUUUAUUUUUUAAAAAAAAUUAUAUAUAAAAUUUUUAAUUGUAAAAUAAUAUUUUUUUUAUAAGUUGAAAAUUAUUUUAAAAAUAUUAUGGGGGGAGAGUAAGGGAAUUUCCCAAAAAAAAAAGAAUACCAUUUGAUUAAAGGUAAAAACACAGCUUAAUUUUUCAAUAAUUUAAUAAUCAAUAAACCUAUUAGUAAUAAAUAUAUGCAUUCAGUUAAAAUAUUUUAUAUAUUUUCUUAUUUAAUAUAAUAAGCAAAUUCUCUAUAAAUCAUAAUAAAAAUGUACAAAGGGAAAAGAAAGUACAUUGAAAUUUGGCAGAAAGUUGAAAUUGCUGAAUUUUACAUUCAACACCAAAAUGAGAUGAGCAUGAGAGAUGUUGCUGCAAAGUUUCAUGUCAACUCCUUUAGCUCGAUUUCCGAAUGGGUGAAUAAGCUUGAUGAGUUGAAGAAAUCAGUAAAAUCUGAUAAAAAAAUUAAAAUUAGAAAGCUUCACUCAAUUUCCAGAGCUAGAGAAAGAACUAGUUCAUUGGUUUACUGCAAUCCGUGAGCAAGGUAUUCAGGUUCUCAGAUCAACGAUUGAGGAGAAAGCAAAAAGUUUGGCGGCAGAAAUGGGAUUGGCGCGAUUCGGCUGUGGAGAUAAAUGGUGGCAAGGAUUUAGGACCAGAAAUAAUUUAUCUUUCAGAAAAAUCAAUGCCUCAAGCAUUAAGCCAAUCGAAAAAGAGGCAGAACUUGUCAGGCAAUACCUAGAUGAUUUAGCGUCAUUGCUUCCUCAAUUCGUUCCAUCUAACAUUUACAAUUUCGAUGAAACGAGAUUUGAUUGAGAUGUAAAAAGCAAGUUCACUUAUGAUUUCAAGGAAACUCAACGAAUUCUAGGCGUUCAAUCAGCUAAAAUGAACCAUUUUAUCACUGUUAUGCUUAUGAUUAGAGCUGAUGGAGAAAAAAAAAUGCCUGCUUUGCUCAUUUUUCAAGAGAAAAAUGGCCAGAUCCCGAACCUUGUAAGAGAAAGACUGAAUAUUCCAGAAAAUGUCAUCAUAAAAUCAAAUAAAUCUGGCUACAUUUCUGACCAGAUUCUUAAUGACUACCUCAGAACAAUAUUGAGACGAGAAAACCAACUGCUGAUUUAUGAUCAGGCUGGAAGUCAUAAAACUAUCAUGAUUUCUAAUGCAAUUUCAGAUUUAGAUGCAACCAAAAUUGUGAUCCCUGGAGGGUGCACAAAGUAUUUGCAACCACUUGACGCACUGGUAAUUGCAAAUUUCAAAUCAAAAACAACAGAUUUCAGAAUCAAAUUCCAAACAGAGCAGAUUGAAAGAAGAUCGAAAAGAACUGGAAACCUCAAAGCUCUUGAUCGCCAGCAACUGAUAAACAUUGCUUCAAAGGCGUGAGAUGCUGUAAGCCCUCAACUUGUCAGAAAAUCAUUUGAGUUGACGGGUUCUUAUGGCGUUAAUCAUCCAAAGAUUUUCAGCCAUCAAGUUAAUAUGAAGAAGUUAAUUAUCUAAUCGAUUUCUUCUAUUCAUUUUUUUGUCUUAAAUUUAAAAUUGUUAAAUUCAACCUUUUCACUUAUGGUAUUCUUUUUUUUUAACCCUUUGAAUAAUAUAUCAAACAAACUUAAUAAUUAUUUUUCAAUAUUAUCCUCUUUAUUUGUAUUAAAUAUAGAUAUAAUAAAACUAUAUAUAAAAUUAUAUGUAAAAAAAUUUUUUGUUCGCUCACGGAGGGUGGGUUUUUGACCAAAAAAUAGGGAUUUUUCUAAUGGUUUUGUUCGCUCACGGAGGGGGGGGGGAGUAAGCACGGUGUUUAGCUCACUCCCCCCCCCUCGAAGUUCGACCAAGAUUUUUUUGGUCGAACUUCGAGGGGGGUUAAGAAAAAAUUUUUUUUAAAAAAAAUUAUAUAGAAUUUUUUUUAUAUAAUUUAGUAGUUAAUAGUUAAAAAAACAAAUAUUUAUCAUAUUCUUCUGUAUGGUUGAGAGGGUGUAAGGGUUAGAAAAAAUAAUGCAAGAUGGUUUUGUAACGCUUUUUAGAACUUGAAUACAAAAAUCGCAAACUCACCCCACAUAGUUUAAAAUUUUUGAAAAAUUGCUUAUUUUCCUAGUAAAUUUAUAUAGGUCAUGGUCGAACUUUGAGGGGGGUUAAUUUUCCAAAAAAAAUAGUAAUUUUCCCUAUAUCUUGGUCGAACUUCGAGGGGGGGGAGUCAGUAUGGGGUGGAUGGCUUUGGGAGUCUGCUGAUGACCAUUCAAGCCCAAGUAUUAGUAAUCGGAUGGUUUUUGGGUCAAGGGUUCUUUUCCUGCGGCUCAGAGGGCUGUAGUUUUUUUUUUCCUGGGUGUAAUUCUUCCUCAAGAUAGCCGAUAGGAGGUUUUGGACUGGCCUUUACCCAUAGCACCCUCAAUCAAAUCUAGAAGACCUUAAUACUCUUAAUUAAUUCCCUACCAUGCUCAGCCCUUUUGUGUCUGAUAAAGAUAUAGAAGUUCUUAUCCAAAUCGCAGACCGUGAUAAUAACGGCUCCAUAAACUAUCAAGAAUUCAUGACUUUUUUAUCAAGAAACAAAAUAGGUCCUAUGUCUGCUCUCAAUACCUUAAGAAGUUCUGAAUUCCCAAAAGACUCACUUAAAUACAUCCUCCACAAGUCACUUGAACUGGGAAUUGACUUAUACAAGCUUUGUAAAGAAUUAGACCUGUCAGGCCAAGGGAGCUUGCCAAAGCACGAGUUUUCUACUUUAUUGCUGUCCUUACCUGUAGGUAUAACCGCCAGGGAGCUUGAUAUCGUAAUAGAAAGGGACCUCUCUUAUGAUAAUUUCGGAAAUGUGGACUAUUUAGAUAUUUUUGAAAAAGAAGAGUAUAUAAACUUAGUGGCCGCUGCAAAAAGACCUGGAGUUAUAUUAGUUACUCCAACAGCCCAGGAACAAGCAGCCAUAAUAGAAGAUUUCGCAUUCUUAGACGAUUUUAAUAUUCUGGCAUAUUCUACAAGAGAGCCCAUGACAUCAGUAAUUUUUUUGAAACACAUCAGUGGGAAAAUUCUUGCGAAACUUGUAGGACAUUGGAACGGCUUCCCACCAAUAAUGAAAUAUAUACAAGCACCUAAUGCAAUUAUUUCUGCUGAAAGAAGAGCGCUUAAGCCUCAACUCGCCCAGGUGCCUACAUGUGCAUUGCCACCUUGUGAGCUGCUGUUAUGGAACCUUAAAAAAGAUUUAUUUGACAAAUUCCAAAUAAACCCGCCUUGGACUGUAAAACCUUAUAAAAAAGUACCUGCCCACGACGGGUCUGUAGUAGACAUUGAUUACUUGCCGAUUUCUCAGCUAAUCGUAACAGCCGGAAGUGACCAAUUUAUCAAAUUUUGAAGCCCUACUGGCGUCCCUUAUAAGCUGACAGAGCCUCACAAUCUUCCUGUAUACGCAAAUAAGCCUGGAAAAUACAGACAAAUGCAAGAUCAAUUUACCAAAACAAACCAAGUCUUAAGCUGUGUAGGUGUUAUGAGCACCAAAGACAAGCAUUGUUAUAAAUUACGAGCUGUAAGGCAUAAUAACAGAGAAUGGCUUUUAACCAUGCAUUUAGGAGCUAGCUCAAGCAAACUUGUAUCAGGGACUCUACACACUUGGGCCCUACAAAGGAUGAAUUUAAAUGUCCCAGCUGAGCAGCACGAUUGGCCAGUCCCAGAAAAUAUUAAAAAUUCUUUGGGUGAAUUAUUUAAAUCAUAUAGAAAAAAAAGUAUGCUGGAAUAUAAAGCACAUAUAAAUACCCAGCUAGAAGCAAUUAUGCAGCAGAUGAGGCUAAAUGAGAGCUUAAAAAGGGAGCUUCAUUAUUUAAUUGUAAAAGCUAUACUUUUUGACCAAGGAUUUCCUGAAAUAGUCAAACAAAUAGGAUUUUUACCGUCAAGAAAACAGUUUAAAACAGGAAAUGUCAGCACAAAUGAAUUUUAUAGCGCUCUGUCUCAGUAUGGAGCUUUGCAAGGCAUUAUUUAUCCACAAUUUGAAAUACUUGUAGACAACCUUGAUGUUCAGCUUAGAACAAGCCCAAUUCUUUUAACAAAAACUUAUAAGCACCCUGGAUUUAGCAUUAUUUCGAAAAAAAUACGUGAGCAAAAUUUAAAUAUCAUUGACAAUAUAAAAGAACGUGAAAUAAAAGCUACUGGGAUGAUUUUUAGAAAUACCUUAAAACAGUUCAUAUUAAGCUUAGGUGACAUCACUGAAGGACAAGCUGAAGGGAUGCUAGAUGAGCUUGACCCAAAUGGCCUGACAAAAAUAGAAAUAAAAAAAUUUUUAGGUCUUUUUAAUGAAGAUAUUUUAGCACAAAAAAUUUUAAGCAUUUCUAAGCCGACUGAUAUCAUAAAUUCUUUGCGGGCGUGUAUAUUUCCUAAGCAUGGAUUAAGGCUGCAGUACACAAUAAUAGAGAUGGACGAUAAAUCUACUGGGAAACUUACCUUUGAGCAGUUCGCAAGAUGUUUUAAAAUUUGCCAAAUUUCUAUUGAUAACAAAAAUUAAAUUAAGUUAGCUCUUUGUUUAGAAUCGGCAGAGGAUUUUCACCUCUGCAAGCUCAUCACUCACUGAAGGAGCCCAACUGACGCCGACUGCCUCGAUUCAGUCUCCACCAACCUGACUUGAUUCCAAGACUUCUGGUUUCUUGGUUCGCAGGAUCAGGGCGCAACUCUCAGUCUUGCGCUAGGCAUUGUCUUUAGAGUCCCUAAUUCAAUGUAGGGAUCAUGCCUAAUCAUGGGAACAAUGGCUAACUGUGCCAUUUCAAAUCCUAUGUAAGAAGGAAAAACCCCACAUCCCAGCUAUCAUGCCUUGUGGCACGAAGAAAACCUCUGUCUGUAUACAUUAAAUAUACCGUACCUUUUCUCAACUUGGCUUCUCCACCUGGGCAUUCCCUGAAUCGUCGAAGAAAUUUCAUCAAGAGGUCGAUUAUUCUUCUCCGCCAUAUUAAUCUAUAUCACACAUCUAUUGAUAAUGAUAUUUUGAAGUCCUCUUUUUCUUUAUUUACUGAUGACGAAAACUUGCUUAAAAUUGGGCUAUUUAUUAAAGAAGUAUAUUCUGGCUCAAUUGCCCAGCAGAUUGACGAGGUAGAUUUAUUAUUGACUGAGCUUAAAUGCAGGCUUAUUCAUUUACGUUAUCCUUUAGACGUAUUUUUUGUCGACCAAGGGACAAUUAUUGAGUGUAUUUCUAUUCAAGAAUUUAUUGAUAAAGCAAAAAGUUUAAGCCCAAGCUCUAAUGAAGAAUUGAUACAUAAAGCAGGAAUUUUCUUAGCAAUGCCUUCUAAUAAAACGCCAGGGAUAUUUAGGACUCAUUUUUUAAAGCACAUAAACCGCUUGCCAAAUUCCUUUAAAUUUAACCCGACUGUGCUGCCUGAUAAAGAAUUUUUGAAUAAAUUUAUUUCUGACUGUUUAUUGCUGGAUGAAAAAUUAUUAAAAGAGUGCUUGCAGGAGGUGGCGAAUUCUGAAGGGAUGGUAGGGCCAGUUGAGGUCAGAAGUUUGUUAGAAAAAUAUUAUAAUAUUCCUGGAGCCUCUGGGAUUGCUGACCUUGUAGUAAAAUUGGUUAUGGAUGCCCACAAUUUGCAUUUUUCGCAGUUUUUGACCAAAUUAAGACAAAUUAGUGAAAAAGCACUAAAGCCAAGAGACUCAUGGAAGUGGGAAAUCAGAGAAAUUAUUGAAAAAUGCAGCAUGCAGAGGCCAUUUAAUAGCACAGUUUUAGAAAUAUUCAAUUCUUGGAAUUUGCAGCCAAAACAAGGCUCAGACCGUGUAAUUGAUAUCCACGAUUUUAUUAACACCUUACGUUUUUCUGUCCCAACUAUCCCAGAAAAUGUCCUUUCUAAUUUAUUAAUGCAAGGCCCGACUAUUGAUUAUAAAGAUUUUACUGCUGAAGUUUUCAGAGAUGUCCCUGGGCUUAUGGACAGCAAUAUGAGGUCAAUUGCUACGUUAAAGGUACAGGAUACUGUCGAUAAAGCCCUAGAAAAAAUCAGUCUGACACUGAGAGGCUCACAAAUGUCAAUUAAAAGAGCUUUCACACUUUUUGACGCCAAUGGGGAUGGGUCUAUAAAUACCAAUGAGCUUGGCCAAAUUUUAGGGCUGCUAGACUUUAGGCUAAAUAAUGAAGAAAUCAUGUCGUUGGGUGAGGCUUUUGAUAAAAACCAUGAUGGGAAAAUAGAUUAUAUGGAAUUUAUUGACUCAAUUUUGUCAUAUAGCAAUAUUAAGUCAGGGCAAGAUAUUUCGCAUUGGAGAUCUGCAGCUGCUAAGCUAGCUAGAGGGUUAUUAUUAAGAUUUACUGAGAUAUCCUCAGAAUUUAGAAAAAAAGCAUUAGAAAGGCAGCCUGAUUCAGAAUAUAUUACUUAUAGAGAAUUUAGAGAGAUUUUUGACAGCAUAAAAGGGUUUUCACUGGAAGAUGUUGAAGAGCUUGCAGACUAUGGCAUUGAAGGCACAAAAAAGCAAGACUCUAGUAAUUUGCUUCCUUCUCAGCUAAUCCACCCCUCCGUGAAUAAACGCAAUCUUUGAUCUCUAAGGAGGGAUUUUUAAUUUGUUUAAAAAUAUUUAUGAAAUUUAAUAUAGUCCCUUAUGCAUAUUCCUUUUUACUUACAUAAGUAAAAUAAUUUUUAAAAUGUCUAAAAUGCCAUAGACUCAAUUUUAUAUGUAAUGAUAUGCCAAAAUUAUUGAAAUUUUAAUAUUAAUUUGAAAUAGAUAAGCAAAAUGAAAUAUUACCAAUACAUAUAGAAUUAAUUGGAUAUUUCAUAAAAUAAUAUAACUAUAAUUAUAUAAUAAAAAUUUAAUUCUAAAAAAUAUGAUUUCCAGAGUUUUGCAUUUAAUAAAGAAAGUAAGCAAGCCGACAUAUGCAAUAUCCAAAUCCAACGAAACUAUAAACUUUAUAUUAAUGCUAGAAGUUUCCAAAACCAUUCAACAAGAAUCCAAUAUAAAACAAGAACAAUCUGCAAUGGCUGCUAAAAAUCAAAAACUCCAACAAAAAGCCGAAGAAAAAAAAGUCGCCAACGCAGUCCAACUCAGUUCCUACGUUCUCAAAGAACGACAAAAAGCUCAAGACGAAUUCGAAUCCAAAACCAAUCAACAAGCAAAACAGCUAGAAAAAGAGCUCUUUGAGUACUUAGCCUCCAAGCUAAACGAAAAAGAAGUAUCCCUCAAAGAGUUAUUCACAGAAAUAGACGCCGACCAAACUGGUGAAAUUUCUACCCACGAGUUUGAAGCUUUUAUGAAAAAACUCGGCUACCAUCUGACCCCAGCUGAGCUAAAUGGCUUAAUAAAAGCAAUUGAUAUAAAUUCUGAUGGGUCUGUAUCCUACCAAGAAUUAAGAGACAAACUGAUUGGUUAUGGCUAUGAAGCCACUAAAUAUGACGCAGGAAUAGAGACAUUAGAAAAAAUACAGAAGGAUUUUGACAGGAAAAAUAAAAAGCAGCCAUGCUCUGAAGCUAUGGAAGAGGCUAUAAAGAAAUAUAACUCGCUAGAACAGCUGAAAAGUAUUGUUGAUGAUUUUGGGUAUCUGACACUAAACUUGUAUAAACAAGCAGCCAAAGGGAGGAAAAAAAGAGGAUUGGAGCUGUAUAGUGGGGUUUAUAGAGUAAAUGAAGGGCUAGGGCUUAUAAGGUCAGCUGUUAUAAGAUAUCAGUCACUGCUUGAUCAUUUAGAAGCAUUUGCGUUAGAAAGGAUCAUAAGGGAGUCUAAUUUACUGCUUAUAAAGCAAGACUAUAAUGUCCAGGCUUCUAUUAUACAAGGUGUCAGCCAAGCCUUGAUCCCUAGGAUCCCUUCACAAGAUUUUAAACUUUACCUUGAUACUCUUUAUGUCAUGAAUUUUGCGACAAAACAGUAUUUAGGGGUUUUGCUGACAGACCAGACAGAAAUUCAAGUAACUAUGUAUGGCCCUGAUGGUCUUAGACAUAUUUCAUCUGAUGGGAACCCUCUUGAUUUUCAUCUGAAUAAAGAGCUAGAAUUUCACAUGUUUUUGCAAGAAAGAUUCGCUAAUGUAAUUAAAUGCAUUGGAGUGCAUGAAAAAAGGGUCGGAAAAGACCCGACUGAUAAAGAAGUUUAUGUCAUGUAUGAAAGACUUAAGGGGCUAUGCCUAUUUACAAUGAAAAAAAUUCUACUGGCAAGGCGUUUUCUUAUUUAUUAUCUGUAUAUAGGAUAAAUGGCCAAUAGAAAUUUUAUAUUAUCUAUAACUAGACAUAGAAAUCCAGCAUUUAUUAGACCAAAAUGGUGGGCUGCUUAAAAUUCCAAUACUUUAUAAUACAAAAGCAGCUUUAUAUUUGGCGAAAUUCCUAGGAAAACAACUGCUCAACCUUAUAUACACAGUCCAAACCCACUCUUUUGCACUCAGAAACCUGAACCUCUCUUCCUUUGUGAUCACAGAAAAUGCAGAAAUCAAGCUAAACUCCUUAAAAGGCUCAGGGAAAAUAGAUAUAAAUGGGAAAAUAAUUUCAGCCCCCGACAUUGUCCUUUGCCUUUCUAAUAUUUCUUCUGAAAGUGAUUUUCUCAAUAACCCCUUUUUGGCUCCUGAAUUUAUUUUGCGAAGAGACCAAUCUACCUCUGUAGACGUCUGGAGCUUUGGUGCUAUCUUAUAUUCUCUUUUAUUUGGGGUUCCUCCUCCUUCCUUUUUUGAAGCUUAUAAGAUAUGAUGCAAUUCUAAAGGGUGGUUUCGGGGAUUAAAUUUUUUUUGAAAAAAUAAAUUAAUAUAAAAAAAUAUCAUAAAAAAUCCAUCAGUGAUUUCUCCUGAUUUUCAGCCAAAUUCACAUAUAAUCCCAAGCACAAGUUUUCCUUAUAAUCCAUAUUCAGGGUUUAGAAUAGUCAAAUAUAAAGCAGUAAAUAGAGCAAAUGAUGAUAUAGGGAUCAUUAGAAGCAUAAGAUUAGGGUCUUUUUCAGGAAUAGUGGAUGAUAAUGAAAGCUAUAAAGGAAUAGGUAGUAAAGACCUUCAAGAAAUUUAUGAGCAGUCACUUAAUCUAAAACAUACAACACAUGCUGAGAAAAACGAGCUUGGGCUAAUACUAGAUCUAAUAGCACUUUGUUUACAGAUCGACCCAUUAAAACGGCCAACAAUAAAAGGGUUGCUAUCUUCCCCUAUUUUUGAGAUGGACCAAUUUGAGCAAAAGCAAGCUGAAAGAUUUGCAAGCCAUUUAUUUUAUUAUAAAGACCCAGAGCUGGUGAUUACUCAAAGAGUAUCUGUAGCAUUGCGGCAAAUAAGUGAAAACACUCAAAUAGAAUUUUUAGACACGACCUUGCAGAUAAUCCAUUAUAAUGCAUGACCUCUUUUAGGCUCCUUAAAGAUAUCAUUUUCCAAUAAUAAAUUCCUGCCUAUCUAUAAUUUAAAUAAUUUCUUUUAUAGAUUCUUUAAAUAUCCAAAUAACAGCGCACUUUAUACUUAAAUGCUUGUUUUUUUGAUACUCCAGGAGGUUUUAUGACCGCUAAAAACAUGUCAAAACUCGUCACAGUGAAUUCCUUCACCAUUGAAGAAAAAGACAAAAAGAAACUAGAAGAUUUAAGCUCGCCAAGCUCUGAGCUUAUAAAACAAGCUAUAAAUGAUAAAGUUUUUGACAUGCUUGCUGCUAUUUCUAUUUCUUAUUAUAAAAAAGGAGAAGAAUCAGCUAUAAAAGAAUGUUUAGAACUAUUGACGUAUAUGAAUUUUGAAAUGAAUAUUAAUUUUGAUGCGAUUUUUUUAAAUAUUAUUGCAGAAUUAGGCAUGCCGCCAUGCUGUUACCCAUAUGUGGCUGAAUAUACUAAAAAUAACAAGCACCCUGAUUAUUCUAGUGAAUUAUUGAUGCUGGCUGAAAAUUUUGCCUUACUUAAAAGAGAAAGCUCAAGCGUUACGGCAAGGAGAAACGCGAUAAGGCAUAUCCGGGCUAUGAUUCAGCUUGGAAAUGAAAAUAAAUUAGAAGCUGCAAGAGAUUUCAGGCUUCCCAAGCAUAUUUUGCACUGCCUUCAAGACUCUGAUUUCCAAGUCCGUUUUGAAGCGACCCUUAUUAUGCUCGAAAUUUCUAAAGGCUGCAAAAUAAAAGAAAUCCCAGUCCUAGAAAAAGAAAUUUCAGAAACCAUGGAAAGAGAAGAAAAGAAGCAAGAAGAAGAAAAAAAGCAAAGCGAAAUUAACAAAACUAGCCUAGGAGCUAAGGCAAAUACCUCAAUGACUCAAGGAGAAAAUAAACAAUACCAAACUACAAAACCUACAGUUACUUUUAGGUCUGACACAAAACCAGCCGCAGCCACUUAUAAAUCUGACGCUAAACCUCCUACUAAGACUGCCCCUAUAGGAAAAAUCGAAUAUACCGAAGAAUUCUUAAAACUAGAAAAAGAAAGAGAACUUAAAGUGUUAGAAAUUAAGCGAGAUAUCGCCAAAUGCUUUGAAAACCCUAUUUUUAUAGCUCCAAUCGUCAGACUUGUGAAGCUAAAAUCCGAGCCUUAUGACACCAAAGAUGCAGCUGUCAAAAUUUUAUUCGCAGUACUCAAUGGUACUGAAAAGUGCCAAGACGCUGCCUUGUGCCCUGCCACAGACACUUUAUCGACCCUCUGCAAGUGUCUGGUGAUUUCCAAUAGAACAGCAGACACCAAGAGUGGCAAAAACCUAGCAAUGAUUUUAAGAAACUUAUUUACAGAAUUUUUAGAAAAAGUAAGGCCAAAGCUGCUGAAAGCUAUUAUGGCUACCCCAGGUGCUGAAGCUUUAUUGCGAGAGCAAGGAAUUGGGUUUCAGCAGUAA